AUGGUGAAAUCUCUAAUAGAAGUCUCGCAGGAAUUCCCCUUUACCUCUGAUUUUGAUUUCUUCUUUGAGUCAGAUACCCUAAUCUUCACAAUCUUCUACAUCAAUCCGACAGCCUCUGAUGAAUCUAGAGCACAGUAUCUCCAAGAGGUUUUUCAAGAAUUGUCCGAGUUUCUCAAACCAUGGCGCAAAUAUUAUACCUGGAACGACAAUCCUUUAGAUAUAAAACUAGUCGAGGAUUCCUUGCAAGAAAACAACCGGUAUAGUUACGUUUAUGGACAUUUACAAUUUGGCAAUUCUUUGAGUGAUGAGUGGUUAGUGGUCAGUUUGAUCAUCACAUUUUUCACAAUAUUUUGCUCGUUCUCUUUCGACAAACAGGAUAUUUUAAUCCAUUUUUUUGAUCAAGAUGGAGAGUUUUUAUUGAUUGAGUCUCCAGAGAAUAUUCCUGAUUGGUGUGAGCCGUCAAAUACCUUUAAUAGAAUUUGGAUCAAUGGAAAUGGUGAUCUACUAUUGAUACCUCAUGGAAGCACAAAAAACGCUAAUCAGAUCAAAAGUUUGAAAUUAACUGAAGCUGUCUCGUACAUGAUGAAGUAUAAUUAUUUGAUUGACAAGAAUAGCUUGGUAAAGUUAAGACAUGAGAUUUGGAAUAACAGGUUGAAAAAUGCAAUAACAGAAGCAUUAAGCUAUACAGUAUUUAACGAGGUGAAAAUCAAUCGCAAGGUUGCGUCAAUAAUCUUGAAAUUAUCAAUCUACCGCCAGAAUCAUUCUCUUCUGAAUACAGAAGAUCAUCAUUUAAUGAUUCCCAAUGUUUUUUCUAGAAGUUUUGGUGCCUAUAUUGAGAAUCUUACCACAAUAGAUCUCCAAAAACUGUUGGCAGAGGCCAGAGGAACCGCUUUUGAAAAAUUGAAUUUUAAAAAUGCUGAUGAUUUGAUAGUCUUGUGGAUCCCUAUGUCUUUAUUACAUUACACGGUUUUAAAACUGCGACAUUCUAACCCGCAAAACAAGGAGAUUCCGAUGAAUGAGUUCCUAGGAGAAGCUUUAUCUUCGGGCUUUCAAAGUUUUGUCGCUGAUUCAGAUGUGGAUGUUCAGCAGUAUACUCAAAAAUUGAGUGUGGAAGAUGAUCUUGAAGACAUUUCACUUUCGAACAUAAAUGAUUUUAUUCUAUCAAAUCCUCUUCAACAGUCGCUUUUGACCAAAGGUGUACUUAAAGAAAAAGUAUCGACAAUUGACUUGAAUAAAUUCGAAAAAGAAGUCAGUGAUCUUGGGAAGAAGAAAGAUGAAUCAUUAAAUAGUAAUAAUAACAUAAAUGAAGAGAAAUUAAUGGAAAAGAUCAAGAAUUUUAUUCAAGAAAGAGAUCUAGAAAAUAACCCUACUGUGCCAAAAAUUCCCAAGAAUGAAAAACCUGAAGACAAAGGAGGUAAUGACUUGAAGAAUUCAGUAAAAAAUGAUGAUAUAAAUUUGGAUGAUUAUUAUAAUGACGAUAGUGACUAUUCUUCGGGUAACGAAAAUGAAGAAGUGAUUAAUUAUCUCAAGAAGGAAAAAAUCUCAAUAACUGAGGACGAUUUUUUUGAGUAUUUCUUAACUGAAGCACUUAAUAUUCCAAAAGAUGAGUUAGAAGACUACAGAUCUAUUAUAGCAAAAAACAAAAAUCAAGUCAAGGACGAAGAAGAGAUUAUGAAUGGGAAAAAAAGAAAGCCCAAACGAGAAGCCUCUGACUAUGAUGGUAUCAAUGAUGAUGAAUACGAUACUUCGCAAGACCAAUUUGAAGGCAAUGGGGAGUAUAACAUAUCAGAAGAGGAUAUCAAAAGUUUAGGAGAAUUGAUGAAAUUACUACAAACAAAUAAUGGAAAUGAGAUGGGUAAUCCAGGAUUUGGAUUUUUGCAGAAUUUUAUGUCAGAAUAA